GUUCCAACAUACCAUCAACUUUUCGUCACGGCCUUAAUUUAUCUGCGACUUGAUCUCUUUACCCACUCGUAGGCCCAGAGCACUUCUCAACAGAAAGGGAAAGGAAGGCACCGGGUGUGUUCUCCGCGGACCGGCAUCCAACAAUCUCACCGGUUCUUCUCUCAGCAAAACCACCAAACCCCACUGAAUUAUACACACCGGGUGUGUACCGCAGAUUAGUUCAUGCCCCCGCGCCGACGGCCUCCUCCAGGGCGGGCUCGGACAGACCUUCCGCCGCUGAAGAUCGUGCGGAAGAUUGUCAUCUUACAGCUUGCCUAUUAUGUCUCAGCGACGGCCCUGAUCUUGUUUACCACUCUUGUCUAUGGCACCCAAUUCUCCUUGGACUUGGUUCUCAGCUGGGACUCGCUGAGGGGGGACACCACUCUUGGAUGGAUGUUGGGGUUGGUGUGGAUGCUAAAUAGCCUUGCAGGAAUAAUCUUCCUUCUAGUUCUUGUCGUCCGGUCCAAGCUCAUUCCCGAUUUUGCGCUUACUAUUCAUUUCCUGCAUUUCUUCGCGACGUCCCUUUACACCCACUCCAUCCCCUCCAACUUGCUUUGGUGGGGUCUUCAGUGCGCCAGCGCUUCUCUAAUGACCUUCGGCGGUAUCUGGGCUUGUCAAUGGCGGGAACUCAGACCUAUCAGCCUUGGUGGUAUCGCUGGUAGCGGCACAGGACAGUCGGCCGGAAGUUCAUCUCAGCCCGCGGCCGAUGAAGGCAGUCCGUCCCGAGGAAGGGGCCGGGAACGCAGCUUGCAAGGUGAUAACGGCGAGUACGAAAUGGCCGAGAUGAAAGGAGUUAGUGAGCAAGCAGUAUAACUUUUCUAUUAUGUCGUCAUUCUUUCUAUUGUAUUUUUCUCCUUUUUUUUCAUUUUCAUUUCUCUUUUCUGGGCAUUGGUGCAUGGCCGACUUGCAUACGGAUCUUUAUAUAUUAUCAGAUACCCUCGCUUGUUGGUACCUGUAUAGAUGGCAUUCAGGUUGGAGCGUCAUCCUCUUUAUUUUGUUUGGAUUAUUCAUUUCCACCUUUUUGGCGACACUCUUGGACUUGUGCAGGCACAAUGUUCCGUAAUAUCCUCUAACUGGGGAUAUGUUAUGACUUUGAAUAGUAA